ACAUCUACCCACGACAUCAUUAGAGGUUCUGGAUUUGUUCUGUAAAAUUUGAAAUUUUAAGUUUGACAUUAACAUUAUGCUAACAAUCUUUCAUGCAGUUUGGAGAUGUGCAGCAAAGAUUUGAAAAACUUCUAUCAAGCUACCAAAUCACAGAGAGUGAAAAAACAAACAUUAGCCUUGAAGACAGAAUGAAGUCUCUCCAAAAUGAGCUACUAUCAAACUACCUAACGGAGCACAAUAUACCCAUCUGGUCACAGUGGGCUUUGGAUCAGGCCACUGGAUAUGUACACCUUUCCCUGACUGAGCGGUUUAGUGUCUUGGAGGCAGUGGUCAAGGUUACUCUAGAGGGCAUCCUAGACCUUGAGCCUGAGCCAAUAACUGGACAAGACAGAAAAAUCAAAUUUCUUCUCUGUUUGGAAGAUCAAUUGCAGAUUUCUAACCCAACUCUUGCUAGACAGGUUUUAGUUAACACUCUUGAAAUGACCUCAGUGCUGCCAAAGCAAAGCAAGGAAUUUCUCAGUCAAAUUCUUUUUAACAACAUUUGGACUUCGAAAGAAAUUAAACUCUUUAUUGGACGGACAAGAAGCAUGGAUCAGGACAAAGUCUCAAAAAUACUGCAGAUGAUAUGCACCUUUAGUCUAAGCUGCAUACAGGCUCUCAAAUCACUAAAGCACAAAGAUCCUCUAACAUAUUUACAAGACUGUAUAUCCUUUGAGAUGGACAAGGACCUUGAGAGUAUCUUGAGUGAAAUGAAAGAAAAUAACUACCCAGAGCAUCUUCUCUCACAACUAGAAGAUAUUCUUCAAUAUGUUGGAGAAGUGUUGCCCAGAUGUAAAGGAGUGGAACUGGAGUCCAACUUGAUUGAAGACUGUAAAAAUUGGAUAGCUUCAAUAGAUUUUGAAAACCCCAACUACGAUAUGUUAAAGACCAUCCUCGUAGUCAUGUCCAUAGCUGUGAAGAAGUGCACAAACUUCAUCAGUGUAAGUGGAGAGGAAGUUCAGGGUUACUUCCCCAGGCUGACUCAGCUUGCAUCGCUACUGCUACUGCUGCUACCACAGUCCAAGGAUAAAAGUGGAUGCCUCCUGGAAAUUGGAACAGGCGAAGGUAAGACCUGCAUUCUAGCCAUGUUUGCCACAAUCCAGGCUAUACGAGGUACAGCAGUAGAUAUUGUGACAAGUUCCCCUUUGCUUGCAAUACGUGAUCAACAUGAGUGGAAGAAACUCUAUGAGGUAUUUGGUGUCACCUCAUCUACUGUUCCUCCACAGCAUCAUGCUAAAAGUUCAUUUGAAGAUCAUGACAAGCUACUUCAGGAAGCAUAUUCCAUGCAAAUAGUUUAUGGUACUGUUUGUACCUUUGCUGCAGAUGUACUGAGGCAAGAGUUUGAUAAGAAAAAGACCCGAGGACUGAGGAAGUUUGAUUGUGUGAUUGUGGAUGAAGUUGACUAUAUGACGCUGGACAGUGGAGUCCAGGUAACCUUCUUGUCACAUCAAGCCAAUGGACUGAGGCAUCUGGAACAAGUUCUUGCAAGCAUCUGGGCCAUAAUGUCUGCCUGCCGUCCAAUAGAAAUAUUUGAAACAGGUGAGAUCCAAUGGGGAACAAGGAUCCAGUACUGUCACAAGGUGGCCAAGCAGGCUGUGGUUGGUUCAGAAUCAGACUUUUCAGAAACUGACAUACUCUUACUGGGUGUGCAGCUAGGCCUUUAUUCAAAUGAGGAUUUCAAUGAAAUAAUUAAAGCAAUGAAUCAAACUCAGACAGAUGAUGAAAGCCUUGAAGAUGCCAAGAGAGAAGUUAUUGGACAAUUUAUGGCCAAGCUGGGACAGCGAGAGCAGUAUAAGCUGUUCACGGAGCUUGAGACAGCAGUGCUCGAUGGUGUUACAGUAGAUUGUUACUCACUUGUAAACAACAAAGCAAAGCUGUACUGUAAGGAAAAUUCUUCCAGAGAACCCGAUGUCCAAAUGCUUCUUCUUCAGAAAGGAUGUGCCUGUGAGAUCAUGUCUGAGAAAUCCCUUAUGGAAUCAACAGUUAAAGAACUGAACUCUAGACUUAAGUAUUCCAGUGAGUGUUCCUUAAACUCAGUGGAGAAAACUCAAGGAUGUAUUGUUAUACCAUCUUUCUUAAAAAAAUAUGUUGAAAAUCAAUUGCCGAUUUUUGUAGAGAAUGCCUUAAGAGCCAUUCAAAUGGCACCAGGAAGAGAGUACAUGAUUGAGAAGGCACCUGAAGCAGACAGACCCGGUUUCUGCUAUGAAAACACUCAUCAUUAUGAUGCCAUAAUUCCAGUGGACUUCCAGGCCAGCGGGGUACUGGAGAAAAAUAAGCGCUGGGGUGAAGGUCUGCAACAGUUUUUGGAGAUGAAACACCAACUGGCAGUUUCACAACUGUCCAAUGUAACAAACUACAUGUCAAAUGUCCACUUCUUUAAAAAGUACCUCACUGACAAUGGCAUAUUUGGAGUCUCUGGGACGUUAGGAGGUGAAGCUGAGAAAGCUUUUCUAAAACGACAGUACAACACUGCCACUUACAUCGUUCCAGCUCACCGUCAUAAAAAGUGUAUAGAACUGCCAGCAGUUCAGGUGAGUGGAGGAAAAACUGAGUGGAUCCAGGUGAUCUGUGAAAGGACAUGGCAAGCUGCAGACCGAGGCCAAGUUGUUUUGAUUAUCUGUGAGGAUGUCAAGACUGCCGAGGAGCUAAGGAGUAGAGUAGAUGUUAAAGAACGACAACCUGCUAAGAUCACCAUGUAUACAUUAAGUACCAAGCACAACAUUGAAAAUGAAACCUUCAGAAAGGGACACAUCAUUAUUGCUACAAAUCUUGGAGGUCGAGGGACCGACAUACUUGUUCACCAAGAAGUCAAUGAGUGCGGAGGUCUGUUUGUGCUUCUCACAUACUUCCCCGGAAGUUAUCGUGUGGAGAGACAAGUAUUUGGACGCACUGCCCGCAAAGGAAACCCCGGGAUGGCGCAGAUGAUUCUCCACCAGGAUCUUCUUGCACCAGCAUACCAAGGCCAUUCAGUGGAAACCAUGAGACGACUCAGAGAGAAAUACGAAGAAAGACGUUUAGGCGGUAUGGAGGAAAAUGAACUGUUUCAAAUUGAAAUGAAGGAAAAUCUUUUUUCCACAUUUCUUGAAUUUCUCUCUGCCUUUGAUAACAACUACACAGAGGAGGAGAGAAUGGACAUCUCAAAGCUGAAGAUGAAAGAUCUUCCUGAGUGUUUUAAGAGCCAUCGUCAAAAGUUUGAUUAUGAGACGGCAAUUAAUGUUUUGAAAGAAUCAUGGGGCCUGUGGCUCAUCCUCCACGAAGAGAAACUCAGGAAGCAUGAGGAUAUCAAUCUCAUGAAACAAAGCUUGAUCACAGAUCUAGAGACAAUUGCUGAUCAAAUCUUAAAGGGGAGAAGCAAAAACUUCUAUGAUUAUAUCAAAUUGGCAAAAAGUAGAACUUACCUUCACCGCAGCAACAGAAAGGAAAGUGACUUUGGAGCAUUAUGUUACUGGCAGAGUGCUGAGCAAUGUGAUCCUUUCUAUGGUGCUGUUGCAUUUUACAACCAGGCAUACAUCACGGUCAACCUGCAAAGGAGUGGCUACAAAGUUGAAGCAAAGCAGUUGUUAGAAAAAGCAAAGACUGCUGUAGAUGUGUACCUCUCAGAAUCAACAAACACAAUGAUGUUUUGCAGUCUUGCAGUCACUAAUGACUUUUUACCCCACCACAAAGAUAGUAACCUGCAGACCCAAAUGAAAGCCAGGAUGAAUGUCUUUAAAUGUUGGAAAGGAUACAUUGAAAAUGCCAUGAACACCCUCCAGCACAUUGAACAAAGUAAAGGAGAGCCAGUUUUAGAGGACUCCAGUGUUUACAGUCUUUCCAAAGACAAAGACCCCAUUACCACUAAUGAAUUAAUGGUACUUCAUGAAUUUGGCCUCUGCAUCGUUUUUGAGGUUAAAAAGAAGCCAGAGUUUUCAAUCGAUGCCUUUGCCUGUUUCUGUCUUGGAGUUCUCCAAGUGGCAUUAGGGGUUCUUGUUUGCACUCUGUCUUAUGGGAGUGCCAGUCAGUUUGGAUUUGGACUAAUCAGUGAAGGUGUUUCCGACAUGAUUCAUGGAAUAAAGGGGAUGCUACAAGGAGGCUUUGACUGGGCAGAGUGGGCAAUUGCCAAAGCUAUCAGCAUUGGAGUGUCUCUUGUCUUUGGUGGAUUGAGCAAACUGAGCAGAGCUGCAAGUGCUGUGAAAAGUGGGGCUAAAGGUCUGAUGACUGGGGCUAAAUGUAGCUCUGUGGUUACAGUGAAAGAGUGCUUUAAGCAUGCAGGGAAAUAUGCUUUUCAGGAACUUGGCAAGCAGGGUUGUGUCGCUGCUCUCAGCUAUGCUGUUAACAGUGGACUUACAGCGUUACUUGAAAAGAUCCUGAAUGAGGCUUUCAGGGACAAAGUCCAUGCGAUGAUUAAAUCUAAUAGCCGACUAGAUUCUGCUCUAACAAACUUCAUUUGUUCAGCAGUACCAAAAACUGCCAUUAAGGAGGGAUUCACUGACUUCAAAAUAGAUAUGCAAUGUGAGAAUGAAAUGCUUCUGUCAGUGGACAUUAUGACACGAGACAUAAUCCCUUGCCUGAUGAUGGACUGUACCCAGCUCAGCAAAGUUCUUGAUACACUUUCAGAUGUCUGUGGUUCUAUAACGCGUCGCAUGGAGAAGCAGAAAGAGAUGAAAUUGUUGAUGAAGGCUUUGGAAUCAGCUCAGUAUAUCAAACUUUGUGUGGAAAUAUUGCAGUCAGUUCCUACAAAAGAGAUCAUUGAUAAAACAUUUGUGCCCAAGUUGUUGAAAAGCAUGGAUCAGCUGCCACAGAAGAAGUAUGAUAAGGAUGGGAGACACACAUUAUCUGAUGUGAAGCGACUUAAGACAGACAUGCUCCAGAUUAUGGCUAAAAGUGUCUCAGAUUCAUUUGUUGAAGCUUGCUCACGACACAUGACCUCCAUCAUAACCAGAGCUGGCAUGACCAAAAUAAACAGUGCAGCUGGUACUGCUGUUGGCAACUUACUUGGUAGGGCUCACACCGAAAGUUUCUUUGACAAUCAGCUGCAUAAACACCAAAUGAGAAAGGUCUUCCAAAGCCCAUGUGCAUCUCUAUCAGAGGAGGAAAAACAGGAUCUUCACUGUUACAUUGAGGAUAUUUGUGAUGUGGAUCAUCCUGCUUCAUCUUUGGACAUCCAUGUCCUCACUCAGAGUGAUGCUCUGAAUGCGAAAAUCAAAGGCAGAGGCAUCAGGGUGAUAGUUGUGGAUGCAGAUAAGAAGAAGCUCUCAGAGGAUUAUUUUCCAGGAAAAGACAGUUCUGCAGAAGACAUUGUCCUCCAACUGAAGAAAGAUCCAGAAACAACAAAACAGGGGCUCAUGAAACGGCUCGCUGGUGAAACACGGCCCUAUGGGGGCCAUUUUGAAAUUCUGAGGCCAGAUGGUUCUGUGGUCCCAGUGAACUCAGCAGGUCAGAACUGCUUGUAUCACGCCGUGGUUCAGGCAACGAGUGACAAUCCAGGUGAUCUGAGACAAGAGGCAGCGAACCUUCGAAACAAAGUAAAGGAAUCUCUCCUGCAUGACACACACAGCUAUGCCGCAGCUCUGAACCUGCAGAGAGGGUAUGAAGAAACGCACACAACACCAGGGAAAUACAAGAUCAGCGGAGGAGGGAGAAAGACGCAACAAGCAAGCAGAGAAAAGUUCAGGGACAAAAUGAACACAACCGGGAUGGAGGACAUACCAGAAGAGGACAUCUCUGUUAUAAAAACCUACAACCUUGGUCUGGUUGGAAGCUUUGAUGAUAUCAAAGGUCUACGGAAGACGAACAGAUCGAACAUUGCAGCGAAUAACAACAAUAACACUUCUCCAGUGAAUGCAGAUCACAUCCCUCCUAAAAAUACCUUCCAGAUGGCUCAUGAGAUGCUCCAGAAACCAGAGAACCAAGACCUAAAGAAGAGCAUUGAAUCAAAGAACCUCAAACUUUAUGCCAUGAUUAAAAGGAAUGGUAAUGGUGGGCUCUGCAGAGAGGUUCUUACAGAGCAUCACCAUCAGGCCCUAACCACUGGCAACAGCAAAGGGUCCCAGAUAGUCAGGGAAAAGCUCACAGAAGUCCUGCUUUCUGGUGACGCUGAUAAACUGAUGAAGAUGUCCAUGAUAGUGGCCAACCCAGAGAUGUCCCAGUCUCUCAGGAGGGAUGCAGGAAUUCAGCAAAAGAAAGGAGUUGACUUCAUAUCCAAAGAGGCAACCAGGAGAUAUCAUGCCAUCGGGGAGAAACUGCUGUUGGAUAAAUACUGCGAGAUGGGAGUCAUUGAUCAGAAGACCAGAGAUGAUCUUCAUCAAUGGACCAAGGCAAAUCUUUACUCCAGAAAUUCACCAGAAUAUCAUGAACUGCUCAAAGAGCUUCAAUCACCUACAAGACGUCAACAGCAGCGUUAGAUGUGCUUUUACAUGUCAGACCAGAGGUGGAUAGUCCAGGUCAAGGAAGUAAAAAGCCUCUACACGAAUCAGUCACAAGCAUUUGCAUUUCAAGCUCCACAUUAAAGGAAUAGGGAGAAGGAAAACAAGGGUUUUUACUUCCUGGGGUUUAUCCACCUCUGUCUCAGACUCUUCUUUGGAUAUUUGUGGCACUAGUGGACUUUGGCAAAGGUCAACAGACUGGGACUCACACCUGUGAUACUAGUUUUGAGUAAAAUGAGAGAAGGAAAGAUGUGUUAGCUCUGGCUGAGGUCAUCUAUAAAAGUGGUUAGGGAUCACAAAGAAAGGUUUAAAAGCUCCCUGAAUCCAAUCUGAAGUUCCUUCUCCUCUCUUUGUCUAUGGAUGCGGAUCCAUGUCAUACACAUUUUUUGCUUCUAAGUUAGCCUGUGAAGGGAUCCAUUUUUUGCCUGCAAACCAAAAUUAGUGCUAUUAUAUUCUUCUACCAAAAGUGAUUUAGUUGAUUAAAUCAAAUGAUGCAUGUGAGUUAUGCAGACCCUGCCACUAGACCAAAUACUGCUUCUGUUGGUGAGACGUAUUGUGUUCACUUCCUGUUUUUACUGCUGAGCUGCGUUGUUGUUCAGGCUAUCUCCGUUGGAAUGAAGAUCUUUUUUUUCUGUGAUAUCUCUGUAACCCUAACUGUCCAGAAGCACUUUAAAACAUAGAACCUUCUGCUGCACUUCUCUACUGAGCACUUGUCGCUUUUACAUGCUUUUAUUUCUGGUAGAAAGGACUGACUGGCCUAG